UGAAUUCGCAGGGGAACUUUGGAGGGAUCGGCAAGUUCGAAUCCGUGAUUGUGAAGAUGUCGGACCUAGACCGCCAAAUAGAGCAGCUGAAAAGAUGUGAACCGCUCACGGAAGCUGAAGUCAAAGCCCUUUGCCUCAAAGCUAUGGAAAUUCUUGUUGAAGAGAGUAAUGUUCAGCGAGUCGAUGCCCCUGUUACUAUAUGUGGUGACAUACAUGGACAGUUUUAUGAUAUGAAAGAGCUUUUCAAAAUAGGAGGUGAUUGUCCAAAGACAAAUUACUUGUUCCUUGGAGAUUUUGUUGAUAGAGGAUUUUAUUCGGUCGAGACGUUUCUGCUUCUACUUGCCCUAAAGGUGAGAUACCCAGAUCGGAUUACUCUCGUUCGGGGGAACCAUGAGAGCCGGCAGAUCACACAGGUGUAUGGAUUUUAUGAUGAGUGUCUACGCAAGUAUGGUUCUGUGAAUGUUUGGAGAUAUUGCACCGAUAUUUUUGAUUACUUAAGCCUAUCAGCACUGAUAGAAAACAAAGUAUUUUGUGUUCAUGGUGGUCUGUCACCUGCAAUUUCCACAUUGGAUCAGAUUCGAACAAUUGACCGGAAACAAGAAGUACCUCAUGAUGGUGCCAUGUGUGAUCUCCUAUGGUCAGAUCCAGAAGAUAUUGUUGAUGGAUGGGGUUUGAGUCCUCGUGGUGCUGGUUUCUUAUUUGGUGGUAGUGUUGUAACUUCCUUUAAUCAUUCAAAUAAUAUUGACUACAUAUGUCGAGCCCAUCAAUUGGUAAUGGAAGGUUAUAAAUGGAUGUUUAACAACCACAUAGUUACUGUCUGGUCAGCGCCGAAUUACUGUUACAGAUGUGGAAAUGUUGCUGCAAUUCUUGAGCUGGACGAUAAUCUUGAUACGAAGUUUCGUGUAUUUGAAGCAGCUCCACAGGAAUCAAGAGGACCGCCUGCCAAAAAGCCGCCUCCAGAUUAUUUCUUAUAGAGCUGAAGCUGUGAAGAUAUACUAGUUUCCUAUGCUUAUGUAUUGGGUCGAUGAAAAUCAAAACUUAUAGUUGCAUGGUGAAGAUGUCGUCUUUAGAUGCUGGGAGGUUAGCGAUAUUGACUCGCAGUGACUAGCUCCUCGAAUGAUUGAAAGAAUGGCACGUCGUCUUGAUGGCGGUCGCCCGGACCACCACAAUCAUUCGAAAUCCCAUCUUGCUUGGUGGAUCAUGUUUCUUUUCCUCUCUCUCUCUCUCUCUCUCUCUCUCUUUUGUGGGUUUUGUAACAAUACUGAGUUACUUAUAUGCCAAAGAACAUUUGUAUAGACAAAAUUUGAUCCCACUUCCAUAUGCAGGGUGUGCAGAAACUUUUUUUGUUUGUUUUUUAUUGCCAUAAUAGCAGAAGUUAUUUAGAGAAU